AUGUCAGAUCUCGAAGAGGAAAAGGAUCUACGUAUCCAUAUCGGAAAUGUUUCUCCGAAGCUCUUUGAGAAUCAAACCACUCUUUCCACCAGAUUAUCCAAGUUUGGAACAGUAGUGAAAGAAUUAGAAUUGUUCACCAAACCGCUCCAGGAUCACUAUUUCGGAUACAUAACACUUAAAAUAACUCCUCUGUCGUAUGACAAGCUCAAAGCUGCUUUCAACGGGGUACUUUUCAUGGGGAUGAAGUUAACAGUGGCUAUAGCGAAGGUUCUGUUCCAAGACAGAUUAGCUAAAGAUCUCACCAGAAACGAUGAAAAGAAGUCGGAAAGACUCAAGAGAGCCAAGAUCAAAGAGUCGCGUGAUAAGAGAAUCUCGGAAGCUGAGACUAUGUACCCUGUGAAUUCAAUAACUGGUGCUUUAUUAACUACUUCUGGAACCAUCACAGCUCCAAACCAAUCUGCACAAGGCUAUCUGAUUUCAGCCCAUACCUAUAAUGACAUCUCAGGCAAUACCAAAAAUAAAGCUCCAUCUAAAUCGCUUGUAGGAACACAGUCCUAUGGAGCCUGGACCUCGAGCAGAUCCUAUCCUUACACACAAGAAAACUCGCAUACGGCAGGAGGCUCUGAACUUAUUCCUGGAAGACACAGGGUCACCAAGAGAAAGAAUCACACUUUUCUGCAGACGUUGAGAAUUCUUGUUAAUGGAGAGCUCAAGACGUUCAAAUGCUACAAGACCAAGUUGUGGGGUUUAGAAAAGAACAAAACUGUCAAAGAUUUGACAUGGAAGUAUGCCAAUGGAGUUUGGAAGAGCGGUGAUGAUCACAUUGUAGAGAGAGUGAGAAAGGUCAAGAUCAACGACAAUUAUCUUGGUGGGCCAAGUGCUGUGGAGUGUGGUAUCAAUGGAGAUGGAGCUGCAGCCUAUGGUGGCAAUAGCAUUAGAGAUGUAGAUGAUAACGAAGACAUGUCUGAGCAGGAAGAUUUGACCAAAGAAGCCAUGAAAAACAAGUCUGUUUUAGCAUCGUUGUUCGACAAAUUUGAUUUCGAUAGGCCAAUGGAAGUAGAAGAAGAUACGCAUGGUAUUGAUAAGGAAGAUAUUGUUGUUGACAAGAAAGGAAGAAGAAAAGUCAUUCGUUACGAUUACGAAAUUGAAGGGGGACUUGAAGAUCAUGAUGAAUCUGAUAAUUCUGAAGAUAAGGUUGAUAUUUCCAAAGCUGAUGCAAUCAUCACUUCUUAUACUAGCAAUAUAGAGAGACCUCAAGAAGAGGUUUACUAUGAUGAGGAUGACGAAGGCAACGAACUUGACUUGGACGGGUUGGGCAAACAGUAUUCUACUGAAGCUAUUGUUGAAAAGUACAACGAAGAACACGCGUUUGAAAUUGUGAAGUCUGAUUUCAAGGAGCCUGAGAGUGGUGUUGUUGAGUUCGAUGAUGAUCCAGAAGAAGUAGUUGAAAAACCUUCUGAGCCAGCUGAUGAAGAAAGUUCAGAAGAUGAAUUCGUUCCAACUUUUGGACAAUCUUCUGUGUCUUCUACAAAUAAUACAGAAGUAUUGAGAUCAUUAUUCAAUCCAGGCAAUACUGAAGAAGUAAUUGAAACUGGUUCUGGGUUCAAGUUGGCACUUGAUGAAAAUGACGAUGAUAUAGAUGAAGAUAGAGCUAUGGAUGAAGACCAGCAACAGGCAUUGCUUGAGCAAAUUAGAAACAAACAAGAGGAAGAUGCUGUUAGAGAGAGAUCGACUAAGUUCGGUUUAUUCUGGCCGCAUUUGGAUUCUCCAUUCUUGCUGACGCAGUCUCAAAUCAGCAAGAUUGGAGCCAUUGGUGAUCAUAUAAAGCUCCCAGGCGAGAAAGACGAAGUUGUAGUUGCUACCAAGGAAGGAGAAGAAUCACCUUAUGAAAAAUGGUUUUGGGAGAAUAGAGGUGAGUUGUCCAGAGAGUGCAAGCGAAGAAGAAGAGAUGUUCUCAGAGUGUUUAAGAAGAAGUCUAAUAAGUUCCCUGCGGUGUAG